AUGACCAUGCGCUCCCGCUUCCACACCCUCGUGGAGACCCGCGUACCGCAAGACAUCGACGCCAAGGCCAUCAUCUCCGCCUUCCACGACCACAGCUUCAUCAUCACCAUGCAGCCCAUCGUUACACGCCACUCGGUGCGCGAUCGCGACCCUGCUUCAGGAAAACUGACCUACGACGUCUGGGAGCACAUCAGCCUGUUGCCGUUCGGCCUCUGGAAGCGGGAGAUCCAGUUUACGGUCGCCUUCACGGAUAAGAAGGACGGGACUGUGAGCGCGAUCAACGCCCCGAUGGGGUUUGAUUCCGAGGCGACGUAUACGAUCAAGCCUGGCACGGAUUGGGAUGGGGAGGGCGGGGGGUGGGUGAUUGAGGAGAGUAUUGAGACGGAGUGUAAUGUGCUGUUGAAGUGGUUCGUUGAGGGGACCAUGGUGCCGGUGAGGAGGAAGAUGCAUGAGCAGAUUUUGGAGCAUGUGAGGGAGAGGGAGAGGAAGGAGAGGCAGGAUGAGGCGCGGAGGAGUGAGGCGAGUAGGGCGAGUGGAGGGGUGGACCGGCCGGAUGGCAAUUACAUCUGA